AAACAAAUCAAAGUAACCAAAUAAAAGACAACUUUAACCACGGUUACCAGCCCCGAUUGAAUGUUUUCCGUGCGACUGUUACUUUCCGAAGCUGUCGUGUAUAUAAUUGCAUCACUAAACACGCAAUCACCGAUGUCACAAAGAAGGACGGGAAACAGUACAUCAUCUCUGGCCCAGACGAAGCCGCAGUAAACCGGCAAUCAACAAACGCCAACAGCCCCUCAGCCAACAACCCCCCUCCCCGGCAGCCAGCGACGAGGCGGCUUUUGCGGGAUAUGCAGCGCCAGCAUAUGCCACCCGCGGCCGACACGAAGACGACGACAACUCGACGACAAUAACAAAGUCAAAAAAUGGCGACGCCGACGCCGGAUCCAAAAACCUACUAUGGCUACCUCUUCGAUGCGAACAAGGGACCCACACCAGUGCUUGAUGCCUUAUUGAGGGCUAUCGCGCAGCACAUUAUGGAUGAAAUCGGUGACCAGACAACAAGUGCACUCGUCCCAGACAAACUGGCCGCCUUCUUCAAAACAGUUGGGGGCAACCUGGAUGCUUUCCUCACCAAAUCCUACCGAUCCGUUUCGUACGUAUGGCAAGUGCUUGGCUGCCAACAUACCCUCCAACCGACCGAAGAUGACUACAGCGCCCCAUCGGUGCCAGCCCUUACACCCAAGGGCUUCGUACGCUGGAUGAGCAUAAACAUCUUGCUUGAUCCCCAGGAGUACUACAGCUACAUCCAGUACUGUUUGCAAAAUUGGGCACUCAAACACCCAAAAACAGGCGAGCCUUUUCCGACAGAGCUGCCUCGGGAAGCCCUCCCCAUGGACACGGACAAGGAUGUCGGUGACUGGCAUGAGAAGUGCGCCGAGACGUUGCGCCGGGAAGCAACUCCAAAGGAGGACGUGUCGUCAACUUUCCCGGAUCCAAGAGUGAAGGAGGCCUACUCCCACGUUCGAGGAGGUGCUGUCCCUGUCUUCACCUCAAAGACCAGGAUGGCGUCUCCUCGCGCCAGGCCAGCUCGUCCAGUGCAUUUCAGUCAUGUUCCGCCUGGCAGGGGGGCAAAUGUGGCACCCUCUCCGGAGCGUGGCCCUCGUAAGCCGAUGUCGCCAGAGGAAGAGCGCAGGCGUAGCUUUUCCGACUACGCCGGUCCACCCAGCGAGCAACCACCACAGGCGCACUCUCGUUCAUCCGAGCAUCUGCGUGCGCCCCGUCCCAUGCCUACUCGUCGACACAGUCAACCGAGGCACUAUUCGUCUCCCAGCGACUCGGAGGGACCGCGGAGCCCACCGCGACACAGUCCAAAGAAGCGGAGUCAUACUCGCUCGAGCUCAUCGAACGAGCCCGUUAUAGUCCCAGUGCGGCGUGUCAACACGGCUCAAACGCUUCCAAACAAGAUGCGCACUGCCAGCCCCGGGGAACCCGUCUCACCUGGAGGGAACGUUAAAGCCGAUAGUCAUGACGAGCGGCGCUCUCGCCGGCGCGAUGAUCGCGCUGAAGAGCCACGCCGAACGGGAUUCUUACCGUUCGGGAUCCAAGAAAAAGUGUCUUCGCUUCUACAUGGCCAGCGUGGAUCCAACGAAAGCCUACGCAGUUCUGCACGCUCUCACAAUCGGCAUGGGCGCGAAAACCCGUCCGGGUCCAAGCUCAAUCGAGCCUGGGUUCAUGACGACGAUUACGACAGCUAUCCCGAUUCUGACGGCAGCCGUGAAAGGAAUCGAAGACGGCGCAAGGAACGAGACCGGGACCGGGAUCGCGACAGAGACCGCGACAGAGCGGACCGGGAUCAUCACCGCGAGAGGGAUCGCGACAGAGAUCGGGACAGAGAAAAGGGCAGGGACGAUGAGAGGGAGCGAAGGGUGCCCAGAGACAGAGAUCGCGACAGGGAUAGAGAACGGGACCGUGAAAGGGACAGAGACAGGGAGAGAGAUCGCGAUCGCGAUCUUGAGAGAUAUGGAGACCGGCCCAGGUACACACACCGACCCGACGCGCAGCGGCGCACCAGCAGCCAUGCUGACGUGGACAGAUGGCGUGGUGUCGAUCUGGAAGAUUUUAACUUCCGCGAGCAGCGGGAGGAGCAGCUUAGAGAACGCGAUAGGGACAGGGAUAGUCCACGAGACAGGGAUAGUCCACGGGACAGGGACAGUCCACGAGAGGAACGCAGGCGCGUGCCGAGCCCGGCCGUACAAGUCACGGGGGUUGGCGGGCGGAAGUAUGCCGAUCCGCCUUGGUCGCCCUGAGGUGAUUUGAAUUUAUGAUUGGGUUUUCUACGUUACCUUCUUCUUUUGUUAAUAAUCCCUUUCCGAAGACCAGGAACAGGGGUCUGAGGCUGUAUGUUUGUCGUUAAGACACCUCAUUUAGACACAAUAUUUUUUUUAUGAUAACCGGCUCCAAAUCAAAUGGAAGAAUUAAAGAGAAUAGUGUUUUUUUUUAUUUUAUUCUCCACAUCCAGUUCCCAUAC